CCUCCAAGAGCCCCAACACACAGGUCCCUUUCCAAGGGCUCAUCUCCUUCUUGUAUUCUUGUAGUCUUGUCCCAGCUAGCUCCUCCCAUCGCUCAUCUCACCACCACCACCUUCUCUUGGAAAUCAGAAGCAGCCGAGCUGAGCUAGAGGAGGGAGAUGAGGCGGCUCCAUGGAGCGGCGCUGCUGCUGCUGCUUCUUGCGGCGGUUGCCCAAGCUCAACAAGCAUCAACGACUCAUCCGGGUGACGCGGCGGCGCUGAACGCGGUGUUCGCGAAGCUCGGGCAGAAGGCGGGGCCGUCAUGGAACAUCAGCGGCGACCUCUGCACCGGCGCGGCCACGGACACCACCGACAUCGACAACGACAACUCCUUCAACCCCGCCAUCAAGUGCGUCUGCUCCGGCGGCAACACCUCCGUCUGCCGCAUCACCAGGAUCAAAAUAUACGCCUUGGAUGCGGUCGGCCCGAUACCUGAAGAGCUGCGGAACCUCACGAGCCUGACCAAUUUGAAUUUUGGACAAAAUUACUUAACAGGGCCUUUACCAUCGUUCAUUGGGGAGUUGACUGCUAUGCAGUACAUGACUUUUGGCAUCAAUGCGUUAUCUGGACCUGUACCAAAGGAGCUCGGGAACCUUACGAAUCUCGUAUCACUGAGCAUUAGCUCAAACAAUUUUAGUGGCCCACUUCCUUCGGAAUUGGGGAACCUAGCCAAACUUGAGCAACUGUAUAUCGACAGUGCUGGCCUUAGUGGUUCACUACCAUCAUCACUUUCCAAGCUUACAAAAAUGAAAACAUUGUGGGCAUCCGAUAAUGAUUUUACUGGGCAAAUACCAGAUUAUAUUGGGAGCUGGAAUUUAACAGAACUGAGGUUUCAAGGCAAUUCUUUUGAAGGUCCGCUUCCAGCUACUCUUUCCAAUCUUGUCCAAUUAACAGGCUUGCGAAUCGGUGAUAUAUUAAAUGGGAGUUCUUCUUCACUCGCAUUCCUUAAUAACAUGACAUCUUUGAGCACGCUGGUAUUGAGAAACUGUAGGAUAUCUGACAAGCUUGUGUCAGUGGACUUUUCAAAGUUCAGGAAUUUAAACUUACUGGAUCUGAGUUUUAACAAUAUCACAGGCCAAGUACCACAAACCUUGUUGAAUCUGAAUUCACUCAACUUCUUGUUUCUUGGGAAUAAUAGCCUUUCAGGAAGCCUUCCAAGCUCAAUAGGGUCUUCACUUAAAAAUUUAGAUUUUUCUUACAACCAGCUCUCAGGAAGUGUUCCUUCUUGGGCUAGAAGUUCGCAAUUGAAUCUGGUGGCAAACAAUUUCUUGGCCGAUAGUUCCGGUAACAGUGUCUUACCUACUGGGUGGGAGUGCCUUCAGCGCAAUACACCAUGUUUUCUUGGUUCUCCACAGUCUUCUUCCUUUGCCGUGGACUCCGGUGGUAAUGGAUUGAUAUCAGGCUCAGAUAAUUCUAUGUACCAACCUGAUGAUAUUGGUACCAAGCUUGGAGCUGCGUCAUAUUAUGUUACUGGAGCACCAACAUGGGGUGUUAGCAAUGUCGGAAGGUUCAUGGAUGCAUCAAAUGGAAGUUAUAUAAUCUACAGUUCACAACAGUUUCAGAAUACACUUGAUACAGAACUGUUCCGGAAUGCAAGGAUGUCACCAUCAUCCCUAAGAUACUUUGGUAUUGGACUUGAAAAUGGAAACUAUACAGUUACACUUCAGUUCGCAGAGUUUGACUUUCCAGACUCUCAGUCUUGGAAGAGCACAGGGAGAAGGGUUUUCGAUAUAUAUGUCCAGGGUGAGCGUAAGGAGCAAAACUUUGACAUAAGGAAGGCGGCUGGCGGGAAAUCUUACAUUGCUGUUAGGAGGCAAUACACUAUUAAAGUCACCAAGAACUUUCUUGACAUUCAUCUCUUCUGGGCUGGCAAGGGCACUUGCUGCAUCCCUACUCAAGGCUACUACGGCCCUGCGAUCUCAGCUUUGAGUGCAACACCAAAUUUCACCCCUACAGUGCGUAAUGCUGCGGUAAAGAAGAGCGGUAGUAAUACAGGUGUGAUUGUUGGUGUUUUGGUUGCUGUGGCAGUUUUAGGAUUACUAGCAGUUGCCGGGAUCUUUAUUUGGAGGCAGAAAAGGAGAAAACUAUUAUUGGAGCAACAAGAGCUGUACAGUAUUGUGGGAAGACCUAAUGUACUCAGCUAUGCUGAGCUAAGGUCAGCUACUGAAAAUUUCAGUUCUAGUAACCUUAUUGGCCAAGGUGGAUAUGGGUCAGUCUAUAAGGGAAAGUUAGUUGAUGGAAGGUUAGUGGCAGUGAAGCAGCUAUCUGAAGCAUCUCACCAGGGGAAAAGGGAAUUCGCGGCAGAAAUAGAAACUAUAUCACGAGUGCAGCACCGCAAUCUCGUGAAAUUGUAUGGUUGCUGCCUUGAGGGUAAUAAACCACUGCUGGUUUAUGAGUACCUGGAGAAUGGAAGCCUGGAUAAAGCUCUAUUUGGAAAAGGGAGUUCAAACCUAGACUGGCCAACACGUUUUGAAAUAUGCUUAGGCAUCGCAAGAGGUCUUGCUUAUCUUCAUGAAGAAUCUAGCAUCCGAGUUGUGCACAGGGACAUAAAGGCCAGCAAUGUCUUACUUGAUGCCAAUCUCAAUCCUAAGAUCUCCGAUUUCGGGCUUGCCAAACUUUAUGAUGACCAAAAGACACAUGUGAGCACGAAAGUUGCUGGUACAUUUGGUUAUCUCGCACCUGAGUAUGCCAUGAGAGGCCAUAUGACAGAGAAGGUUGAUGUAUUUGCAUUUGGUGUCGUGCUAUUGGAGACUUUAGCUGGAAGACCAAACUACUAUAGCACACUUGAUGAAGACAAGGUUUACAUUUUCGAAUGGGUCUGGGAGCUGUACGAGGCCAACCACCCUCUGGACGUGGUAGACCCGAGGCUCGAAGAAUUCGACAGCGAGGAGGUGCUCCGGGCCAUCAAGGUGGCGCUGGUCUGCACCCAGGGCUCGCCCCACCAGCGGCCGUCCAUGUCGAGGGUGGUGGCGAUGCUCACCGGCGACGUCGAGGCGCCCGACGUGGUGUCCAAGCCCAGCUACAUCACGGAGUGGCAGAUCAAGGGCGGUGACACCACCAGCUACAUGAGCACCGAUGUCAGCGCGCAGUCGAGCUCGGCGCCCAGGCCCAACUCGCCGCGGACCUCGUCGCCCUUCUUGAGCUCCAUCAUCGACGAAGGCAGGUGAUAUCGGUCCGAUGGGUAUGUUGUUUGUGUUGGGAGUGAAGCUACUGCGGAUUUCUUGUAAGUGCUGUCAUUUUUGCGUAGAGCAGGUUUGUUUUGGUUUCCUCGGCUUGUGUCGGAACUCAGAACUGUAUAGUUGGUGUAGUAAGUAAAAUUUUGUGUGCUUGAAACUGGAAAUCUCGAUUGCUAAUUUCUUUGCA